AGCGCAGUUAUUUCAAAGCGGAGAGGAGCUCUUGCGAAGCGGCCGAGGGGUUACGUCGUCCGGGAGACGAGCCCACCUCUCGCACUUGCCCGCCCCGCGCUCCACCCCCCUGCAGGCGGCCAUGGCCGCUCGCUUCGCCUCCCACAGCUUCAAAGCGUCACCAGCGCUUCGCGGCGGCCGCCCUCCGCUCCUACUGCAGGCCCGGCCGCCUUCGCUAGGCCGCUUCCCGGUCCGCACGAGCAGCGCAGGCCUCGGCCGGGCGAUGCUCCCCGGGUCUCUGGUGCGCUCGGAAGGCUUCGUGGGAGGCCGCUGGGUGAAGGCGGCCGCCGCUUUCCCCGUGCGGGAUCCGGCCAGCGGGGCGGAGCUGGCCCAGGUGGCGGACUGCGGAGUGGCCGAAGCUCAGGCCGCCGUCAGGGCCGCCUACGAAGCCAGCGCCACCUGGAGCGCGGUCCCGGCCAAGGAAAGAGGUGUUUUGCUUCGUAAAUGGCACAAUUUAAUGAUAGAGAAUAAAGACGACCUUGCAAAAAUAAUUACAGCUGAGAAUGGGAAACCACUCAAAGAAGCUCAAGGUGAAAUUCAGUACUCUGCUUCCUUUUUGGAAUGGUUUGCUGAAGAAGCUCGGAGGAUAUAUGGUGACUUAAUUCCAUCCACUGCAAAAGACCGCAGAAUUUUAGUUCUGAAGCAGCCAGUGGGCGUUGCUGCCAUCAUUACUCCUUGGAAUUUUCCAAGUGCUAUGAUUACACGAAAAGUGGGUGCAGCGCUGGCAGCCGGCUGUACAGUGGUGGUGAAACCAGCUGAAGAUACACCUUUGUCUGCUUUAGCACUUGCUGAGCUUGCGAAUCAGGCUGGAAUUCCUGCAGGAGUGUAUAAUGUUGUUCCAUGUUCCAGACAACAGGCCCCAGCAGUUGGGGAAGUUCUGUGCACUCAUCCAUUGGUAGCCAAAAUCUCUUUUACUGGAUCAACAGCUACAGGAAAGAUACUGUUGCGCCAUGCCUCUGGCACUGUGAAGAAGGUCUCCAUGGAGCUUGGAGGACAUGCUCCGUUCAUAGUGUUUGACAGCGCUGACGUGGACAAAGCAGUUGCAGGCGCUUUAGCAUCUAAAUAUAGAAACUCAGGCCAGACCUGUGUAUGUACAAAUCGCUUCUUGGUGCAAAAAGGGAUCCAUAAUGCAUUUGUGGAAAAGUUUGCACAAGCUAUUAAGAAAGAACUGCGGGUUGGCAAUGGAUUUGAUGAGGGGACUACCCAGGGACCCCUAAUUAAUGAAAAAGCUGUGGAAAAGGUUGAGAGACACAUCGAUGAUGCCGUUUCUCAAGGAGCCUCCAUAGUUAUAGGAGGGAAAAGGCACAGUUAUGGAAAAAACUUUUUUGAGCCAACUCUACUCAGCAAUGUCACAACAGACAUGUUGUGUACACAAGAAGAGACUUUUGGUCCUUUGGCACCAGUUAUCAAGUUUAAUACAGAGGAAGAAGCUCUUGCUAUAGCAAAUUCAGCCAAUGUCGGCUUAGCAGGUUAUUUCUACUCUCGGGACCCUGCUCAGAUUUGGAGAGUUGCAGAGCGAUUAGAAGUUGGAAUGGUUGGUGUUAAUGAAGGAAUUAUUUCUGCUGUAGAGUGCCCCUUUGGUGGUGUAAAGGAAUCUGGACUUGGAAGAGAAGGAUCAAAAUAUGGGAUUGAUGAAUAUUUGGAAAUAAAGUAUGUUUGUUUUGGUGGUUUAGAAUAGCUGUUAUGAAUAUGAAACCAAGGUACAGCUGGAAAAUGUUUUAGAAUGGUGGUUCUCAACCUUCCUAAUGCCGCGACCCUUUAAUACAGUUCCUCAUGUUGUGGUGACUCCCAACCAUAACAUUAUUUGUGACUCGGUUCCUAAGACCAUCGGAAAUAUGUGUUUUCCGAUGGUCUUAGGUGACUCCUGUGAAAGGGUCAUUCGACCCCCAAAGAGGUCGUGACCCUCAGGUUGAGAACCGCUGUUUUAGAAGAUGUAUAAACAGUGUACAUAAAUAUUGAGUGUUCCCCUUAAAAUGAAUAAGAUGUAUGUAUUACAUACAUACAAUAGAAAUAUUUUUACCUAGAAUUAUGACCAUAAAUAGCAAAACAAAUACUAAUUUUGUAUUUGUGUUUCGAGGUUUGUAAGAAUACAGAUCUGCUUUCAGAACUGUCUUUGUCAUUAUGCAGGGAAGAGUAUCAAUUCUAUUACUGAUCUUAAUUCUGAAGAAUGUGGGGAUUUUUUACUAAUUUAAGUAGAUUUGGUGGACAGAGAAGAAAUAGAUGUUUUUCUAGCUUUUUAUGUAUAUGUGGAACAACUAGGAAGGUAGCAGUGUCUUAAAUAAUAGUGCCAAAACCUGAAUUUUAAAAGUUUAUUUUUAAAAAUGCUUGACUUCUUUCUAGUUGGCUGCCUAAAGGCUAUACCAGGAGAACAUUUGAUUCUCACAACAAAGGAAUCUUACCAGUAUCUUUGUGUGAUAUCUGGAAAUAAAUGUCCUUCUAGAUAUACGUAAACAGUCAGAGUCCCUUGCUGUUGUUUGUAAUAGUUCUUGCCUCAGAGCAUUUUUAGAGAGAAACCUGUGAUGUGUGCAUACUUGCUGGGCUUUGAGACCAAGUGUGUUUUUAUUACGAUCGCACAAAGAUAUGAACCUCAACUGUUGUGUAAGAUGCUUUGUUGCAUUUUAUUGGGCUUGUUUCUUCAUUGGGAGACACCAUCUGUUUGCACCCAAGAUUCUACAGAGAUUUCCCACGUGGUACAAAAUGGAGUCUUGCUGGAGAGAAUGAUGAUGUAGAUGAUCACAGAGUAUCCACAUGCACAAAUGGUUUUUGGACCUGUACCCAAAGAAGGAAUUUGGUAUUUGGUUUAAAUACCAAAAUACAAGAGCCCCAGCUUCCCUAAACCCCUUCUCUUACCUACUAUACUGAAUACUAUUACUGCCCUUGAAGGUUUGACACAGUUCACUAUAUCAAGUAAUAUUUCCUCUCUGAAAGGCAUUCUGCCCCUCCUUGAUCUUACCGCCUAUUCUAGAGAUCUAUCAAAGGCUAGCAAUAAGUGCCUGAACCUCAGCCAGGCAAAAACCUCACAAGAACAGUAAAUGAGAUAAGGGGAAGGGUGGCUUAUCAAACUGAAUAAAUCGAAUUGAACUGAACUGAAUAAUGAAAGACUUCAGGUGCUUCCUACAGAUUAGAAGAGGAAUACUUAGAAUCCCGGUCAAGAGGUGCUGUGGGUCAAGCUCUUGAUCACAAGUAUUUGCCUAAUGUGGAUGUUGCAUCAAGUUCCCUUAGCAUUAGUUCUUUAGAUAGAAGAAUUUAGUAGAACUGGGGUAUGUUACCAUUGUUGCAUUAAAUUAAACAGGUAUUUUAUUCACCUAGCAAAACUUCAGUAGACAUUAUAUGCUUUAAGCUGCUUUGCUAUCGUCAAAUAUAAUGCUGACCCAAAGAGCUGGGUCAGAUGAACACAAGGGUUUCUUUCCUUUGUUAUCCACUAAAGAACUGGUUGGGUCCAAUCCCUGAAUUGUUACACUCCAGAGACAUCUAAAAAUAACUUAUCCUACCACUAAUUGCUAUUCUUUAGAGGAAAAAAAAUAUCAUGGUGUACUAAAACUUGAUCUCCUAGUGCCAAACAAUAUGAGAGGAGCUCAUGAAGAAAUCAUUGUGCUCAAUGCAAUUGAAUAGUGAUUGUUUACAAUUUCCUUCUUGGCUCUGUGGAUCAGCGUGUUCUUGCAACCAUGCCAGCAAGGGUUGAUGAAUCUGAAAAUAAACGCGGGCUAGCUUUUUCAUCUAGAUGCCAUAAUUAAUAGAAUAUGUCCAAGUUGCUGGGACUAGAGAUGUAUUUCCUCCUGGUAUCCGGAGCAGUUCUUAACUCUUAAGGGAGACAGUAAAAAAGAGUACUACUUUAAAGACAUAACAAAAUUUCUGACAGGGUAUGAGCUUUUUUGUGAGUCACAAUUCACUUCUUCAAAAACUUACAGUUGCGACUCACAGAAGCUCCUACCCUGCCAGAAAUUUCGCUAGUCUUUAAGAUGCUUCUCAACACUUGCUCUUUUCUGCUGCUACAGACAGGCCCAACAUGAUCUGUCUUUAAAAGAAACAGAAGAGGGGCUGACUCUCCCGAGAAAAUAAAAAUCUGCCUUAGGAGCACCAGAAGCUGCAAAAUACAUUUGAAAGGUUUGUUCAAAUACUUCCAUUCUGAGCCCAGAUGAACUAAUCCCUGUUGAAAAAAAUCUAUAAAUUGUACUUGCUAUUUUGAGCCAACAUUUGAAGGUAAAUUCAGAUGGCCAGGUAUUCAGAUAUUCACAUUUGCCAUACAUGUAUACAGUAUAAAUGAGCCUCGGAGCCUUUUAAUUUGAAAUGCUGAAAUGACUGGAUCAGCCAGUUCUCAGAUUAUUCUUUCUUUUGUGGCAGUUGAUAAAGUUUUGAUGUAAAAAUAAUAUUUUUAAAAAAUUAUGAAUAGAAUAUGCUCUGAUCUUGUCAAUGGACUUUUUGGAAGAAUGCAAUUAAAUAUCUGUGAAAAGCACAAAUUGUUAACCGUGUGUAGCACAAGUUAAUCCUAACCAUUCAUUUUGACUAAGUUUUUUAUGGAUAGAACUGCCUUGUUUUAAUAUUUCUUUUUGAAUGUCUACAUAAAAUGUGUCUACAUGAUGUCUACAUAAAAAUGUGUCACAGUUUGCAUGUUAUAUAUUGUAAUUCCUUAAUUGAAGAAGCUACUUGAAUUCUUAUGUUGAGAUGUUUUUUUCCAGCAAUGUUUAAUAUAUAUUAAUAAAUAUACAAAGUUUAACAAACAAUGCAAAUAAACAUCUAACUUGUUUUAAA